CGUCAAAAUCGCUUCACAAGAGUUUUGUGCAUUAUUUUGGUCGGGUGCAAUUUCUGGUGGCUGGCGAAAAACGUUUCAAAUUUUGCAGUGAAUUGGCCGGAAGCAGGUGCGAGUGCCGCGACGGUGGCCACACUAGCCGGUUCCGAAGCAGGGCGUGGUUGAAAACAGUGCGAAAAGUGAGCGAAAUCGCGCUAGGUUGGUGUGCCAUUUUGUGCUGCUGCUGCUGCGUUCGAUUUCAACGGAGCUAGGAGGAGAAGGCAACAGACAAAAAAAAAGUCGGUGGUGGCCACUGCUGCUGAUCGCUUGCCGUCGGAACAUGUCGUCGGAGGAGGAGAACGUGAAAGCCCUGGUGGAAGUGACCGGAUUGAAGCCGGAACAGGCGGCCACUUUGCUGACGGCGUACAACGGCAACGUUGAGGGAGCCAUCAAUGCGUUCUUCGAGAACCCGGAGGGCAUUUUGAAUCCAGAACCGGCCGUGGUAAUCAACGAUGACGAGGAGGACAACGUGAGGGCUCCAAUUCCUAGGAAAACGGAAGUUUUGCUGCCACCGGUCGAGCUGACUCGUGGUCGGAAGCGAAGGGGUGCCACAAUCACAGAGGUACCUUUUAGAAACUUCGAGCUGGAGGGGAAGCUUCAGGAGCAGUUGUUGAUGCAAGGUCAGGGACCAUCGUCCAAGAAGGUCACUCGACUGGAAGCCCUGUUUAUGCCACCGUUUGAGAUUCUCUUCUCGGGGAGUUUCGAUUUGGCCCAGCGACAUGGCAAAACAGUUGACAAGUGGAUUCUGGUCAAUCUACAGGAUGACCUGAACUUUAGCUGUCAGACACUGAACCGGGAUUUGUGGUCCGACGCACGGCUGAAGGACUUCCUCAACAGACAUCUUAUUUUCUGGCAAACGUCCAACAAAACCAGCGACGGAGCAAAGUUCAAAACAUUCUACAAAGUGACCAGCGAGCCGUACAUCGGCAUGAUUGACCCUCGCACCGGAGAAGAGGUGCAAACUUUCCCGACGGACCUCGAUCCGACCAAGUUCCUUGCUUCACUGAAACGGUUCCUCACCGAAAACAAAUCGCCCCACGGCAAAGAGGUCUCCCUGGCGGAACCCACCCUGAUGCGGCCCUCAACAUCGCAAGCCACCGGCAGCGGCACCAACAACGGCGCCAGCACGUCAAAAUCCUCCUCCAGCAAAACAAUUUGGGUCCCGGACGACGAAGACGAGGAAGAUUUCCAGGAAAUCCUCUCCUCCAGUGACAGCGAGGCGGACCCCGAACCGGACACCCCAACCUCCAAGAGCCCCUCCAAGCAGGCCACCAUCCCGACGGAAACCCCCAGCUCCCCAGUUCUCAGUUCCGACGACGAAGCCACGCUGCCCCAGCCCGAGAAGACCCGCAUCAUGCUCAAAAUGACCGGCGACGUCACCGAGCGGCUGUUCUUCCGCAGCUCGCGCACGCUGGACCACACCCGGGCCAAGCUGCAGGCCAAGUGGGGCGCCCGCUUCCCCGACCAGAAGGGCAAACCGGUGCGCUUUUUCUGUCCCGCCAUCAAGACCGAUCUGCACGCGCUGGACGGCAGCCGGACGCUGCUCGAACUCAAGAUUCACCCGAACGCCGUGAUUCACGUGACCGUUGAUGAUUGAAGUGAAGUUUUAUUUUUUUUUCUUUUACGUUUUACAAUUUGUAACCAGCGCCAGGAAGCGCGAGCGCAUGCAGCGUCGUGGUAUUCUCUCAGCAAGUUUAUCUUGGAUAAGUUUUUAGAUUUCUAGCUACCAAUAAAUUAUUAAUGGACACAUCCCCUGUGUAAGUGAAGUAA